AUGAGAAAAGAAAAUGAACAAAAAUUUAUCUGUAUGUCAAACUGGUAUUUGAUAAUCGUCGGAAUUACUUGUUACAUACCGGGUAUGUUUACAGCAACAACUUAUUAUUCAUCUGCACUAACGACUAAGCAUUCACAAUUGACACCCAUUACUGAUGAAGGUCCGUAUUAUUAUUAUGAAGUUAUUCAAAUAAUUCCUUCUAUAUCUAAUACAUAUACAUUUGAAAGUUUCGUCGGAAAUCUUCGAGCGCAACGAUAG